AAACACUCCCUCGCCCCGCCCCUUGUUAUCUGACGAUGAAGUUCGUCACAGCGCUGCUCGUCGCCCUCGUGGCCCUCGUGGCCGUCAGCCACGCGUUCGUCCCCUCCACCCCGAGCGGCAACAGCCUGCUGCUCUCCAGGGGCCGCCCAAGCCGCGCCAUGCAGCGGCAGCAGACGCCCAGCAUGGUGCUCGAUGGCGCUGGUACGCCCGGAUCUACGCACACGCGGACAUGUUGGUGUGUCGACUGACUUGUCGACCGUUCUCUCUUUCCGUUGUGUGUGGUUGGUGUGUGCAGGUCUUGCUGACGUUGACUUCGGCAAGGCGCUUGAGAUCGCUGCGGCCAACAGCAACAUGCUGGCUGAGUACAACUCGCUCAACGGCUUCCUCAACGCGGCCGCGUUCGGAUCCCUGUGAGCGCUCUCCCUCACACACACACACACACACGCAUACACAUACACAAGACAGAGCAGACAGUCUGUGUUGAGCGGAAACAAUCACACUCUCACGACCUCUAUCUCUCUCUGUGUGUGUGUUGGUUGGUGUCACGUCACAGGUUCGUGAUUGUGCCCGCUGCUGCGGUUCUUCUGUGGAUCUCGAACAAGGACAGGCUGGAGCGCCAGUUGUGAUUGAUCCAGGAUGCAUCCAUCCAUCGCUGGCGAUUUGUGUACACCGACCGCCCGACCUGUUGCCUGACCGAUGCGAUGUGUUUAUACGUGCGUGAUGGCUGGCUGGCUGAUGAGUGCAGUGCGUUGGUUGGUGCUUGUAGGGAGGUGGUUGGUGAUUUUUCUUUCCUGCCCUGCAUACGAAACGAGACGACCGACAGCAGGGAGGGAGGGAGCGAGGGAUGGACAGAUGGAUUGGAUGAAAGGAGUGCAGUGAGUGGAUGGCGUGGCCAUGGGCUGGUUGACUGAUUGACUUGAUCGAUCAUGUAUGUUUAUUGUGCGGGACGGGACACCCACCGUG